GAAUUUUCUGAUACAUAGCCGACAUUUUGUUAUGAAAAAUAGUUAUCGAACACAACGCUAUAUUAGUAACGUGUUUAAUUUGUUUAAGUGUGAAUUUGCUUACGCAUAUAUUACUAUUGCUGAGCCCGAUCUCAGAUACCGAUAAGAAAUAAAUUAUUUUUCAUCGAUAGUGUGUUUUAUUCGGCAAUUCCAUUUUAUAGGUUUUUAAUUGGUUGACUUAUCGUAUACAUUAAAGCGAUAAGAUAGCUUUGUGUUAUUGUGUAGGAAAUGUAUUCAUGACCUUAGAGUGCUUUCGGUCUGGUGUUUUUGUUUAGAGCAUUAUGGGUGGUUCACAGUCGUAUCCUGGUCUCACAGAAGAUGUUUUGGAAGAUUAUAGAAGUUUAACGUACUUGAAUAAAGGAGAAAUAUUACAUUUAAUGAAGAAAUUCUAUUCAAUAAAUCCUGAAAAACUCAAAGCGGACUAUAAACACAGAUUUACGAGAGAGGAGAUUCUUCAGAAGUUUGACGUAUUGAAGAACAAUCCAUUCCAAGACCGCAUAUUCCAAGUAUUCUCUUCACAGAAUGACAACUGUUUCUCAUUCGAGGACAUGUUAGAUUUGUGCUCUGCCAUGAGCGCUGAGUGUCCUGCGCACGUGAAAGCGAGCUGGGCAUUUAGAGUGUUUGAUUUAAACGACGACAAUCAGCUAUCGGCCAGUGACAUCAAAGGCAUUUUGGACCGUUUGACGUGGCAUCCCAGUAACCCGAACAACUAUUUAGAUCGCGAAUCUAAGACUAAAAUCGCCAAUGUCAUCUUGGACGAAAUUAACCUGGACAACAGCGGAGCUAUUGGCAUGAGCGAAUUCAAACUUAUUAUGUCCAGAAUACCAGAAUUUGCAUCUGCAUUUUAUUUUAGAUUAUAAUUUAUAAAUUAAUUUUUAAGCUGUUUAUUGUUUAAGACAUUGUACAGUUUAUUAUCACAUAUAUUAUGAAAUAUUGCUAUUAAAAUAAGUUUUUAUUAUCGUGUUUAUUUU